AAACAAGUGGGCAAGUUGAGGUGUCUAAUAGGGAAACAAAAAGAAUUUUGGAAAAGACAAUUAACUUAUCUAAGAAAGAUUGGUCACUUAAAUUAGAUGAUGCACUUUGGGCUUAUAGCACAGCUUACAAAACUCCUAUAGGGUGAGUUUUAUAAUGGAGAGGAAAGGGGAGUUUAGGGCUUUGGUUUUCCUGGGGUUGAUCUUGCUGGUGCAUCUAUUAUGCCUUGUCUCUGCUAACAUGGAAGCUGAUGUACUAAAUAGCUUGAGGACCAACUUAAAUGAUCCUAACAAUGUCCUGCAGAGCUGGGAUCCUACCCAUGUCAACCCGUGCGCAUGGUAUCAUGUUACAUGUGACAAUCAUAGUAGUGUAACUCGAGUGUGCAUCUUAUCUGGGCAACUAGUUUCACAGCUGGGACAGCUUAAGAAUUUGCAGUUCUUGGAACUCUACAGUAACAAUAUAAGUGGACCAAUUCCUAGUGAACUCGGAAAUUUGACAAACUUGGUCAGCUUGGAUCUUUAUUUGAAUAGUUUUACAGGUCCUAUUCCAGAGUCACUGGGGAAGCUGUCUAAGUUGCGGUUCCUCCAGCUUAACAACAACAACUUGACAGGUCCCAUUCCAAUGUCAUUGACCAAUAUCUUCUCGCUUCAAGUAUUGAAUCUGUCUAAUAAUCGUCUUUCUGGAGUGGUUCCAGACAAUGGCUCCUUUUUACUGUUCACACCCAUCAGUUUUGCUAAUAACUUGGACCUAUAUAGCCCUGUUACUGGGCGCCCUUGCCCUUCAGGUGACGGUAGUGCCAUUGGUGCAAUUGCUAGAGCAAUCGCUGGUAGUGCUGCCUUGCUUUUUAUUGUCCUAGCAAUUGAAUUUGCAUGGUGGUUUUGGAGGAAACCUCAAGAAUUUUUCUAUGAUGUAUCUGAUGAAGGGUAUCCAGAAGUCCAUCUGGGGGAGCUUAAAAGGUUUUCGCUGAAAGAAUUACAAGCUGCCACAGAUAAUUUUCGCAAUAAAAAUAUUCUGGGUAGAGGUGGAUUUGGAAAAGUUUACAAAGGAUGCUUAGCAGAUGGUUCACUUGUGGCUGUAAAAAGACUAAAAGAAGCACGUACACCUGGUGGUGAGCUGCAGUUUCAAACAGAAGUGGAUAUGAUCGGCAUGGCUGUGCGCCGGAAUCUCUUAAGGCUGCGUGGUUUUUGUAUAACUCCAACAGAACGAUUACUUGUAUACCCCUAUAUGGCUAAUGGAAGUGUUGCUUCUUGUUUAAGAGAGCGUCCUCCAGCACAACCUCGUCUUGAUUGGCCAACUAGGAAACAAAUUGCAUCGGGAUCUGCCAGGGGUCUAUCAUACUUGCAUGAUCAUUGUAACCCGAAGAUCAUUCAUCGUGAUGUGAAAGCUGCAAAUAUUUUGUUGGAUGAGGAGUUUGAAGCUGUUGUUGGGGACUUUGGGUUGGCUAAACUAAUGGACUACAAGGAUACCCAUGUAACUACUGCUAUACGUGGCACAAUGGGACAUAUUGCUCCAGAUUACUUCUCUACUGGGAAAUGUUCGGUGAAAACUGAUGUUUUUGGAUAUGGGAUUAUGCUUCUAGAACUAAUAAGUGGGCAGCAGGCCUCUGAUCUUGCUCAGCUUGCGUGUGACGAUGAUGUCGUGUUGCUUGAUUGGGUAAAAGAACUUCUUAAGGAGAAGAAGUUGGAAAUGUUGGUAGACCCUAAUCUCCAAAACAAAUAUGUAGAAUCUGAGGUUGAGCAGCUAAUCCAGGUUGCUCUACUAUGCACGCAAGGCUCUCCCAAGGGCCGACCUAAGAUGUCAGAAGUAGAGAGAAUGCUUGAAGGAGAUGGUUUCGCGGAGAGGUGGGAUGAGUGGCAAAAGGUGGAAAUUCUCCAACUUGACCCUCACACUAAUUCUGACUGGAUCGUUGUUGACUCAACAGAAAAUCUACAUGCAGUUGAGUUAUCCGGUCUGCGGUGAUCAUGGCACAGUAACAAUAAAGAAAGGAAAGUUACUAUUUUUUUUUUAGGUUAUGUAGUGACUAUGUAUUGUUUUACAUCUAAGCCCAGUCCGCAUUAUAUUCUUUACAUAUGUGCAUAUGAGUCAUCGUUAUUGAGGUCCCAAUUUGUAUCUUCUGCUGCAAUUUGACAGUGCCAAUAUAUAUGUUCAUGUAUAUUUACAGCUGGGGCAUGCAGCCUAAUAUAUUAGCAUCUCGUGU